ACUUCUCCCGGAGCAGCGGAAACAACCCCGCCGCCGUCGUCGUCUCUCUGCUCGCCGCUUGCCUCCUCCUCCUCCUCGCCGGAAGCUCCAGCCCUCCUCCUCCUGCAGCAGCAGCGAGCAGCGCUUCCAGGCUUGAUCGCACAUCACAAUGAGAGGCUUUCUUAUGCAUCAACUCUUGGAUUCGUCAUCAUCAGAUGAUGAUGAUGAACUCAUUCUGGCAGCAGCACUCAUAGCACAACAUCAAUAUGACAUUGACAAUGCACCACGGCGCCGUGGUGGUUCUGUACGCAGUUCCAAGAUGAAAAUAACUUGGGGUAAGAAUGCUAAGACGAAUAGGCAGCCCUCAGUGGCACCAUCUAAGCCAGGCCUACCUUUUGGGGUGGACAGUGACAAUGAUGAGACAGAAAAGGAGGAAACAAGAGUGGUUACCACGGACUGUCCUGGAACAAAGCCAUCUGAUAAUGCUGAGUCCCUCAAGCACCAGGGGAACAGGCUAGCUGAGGAAGGGAAGUACCAUGAAGCACUUGGUAAGUGGGAGGCUGCACUUACCUUGAUGCCCAAUAAUGCAAUACUUCAUGAACAGAAAGCUCAGAUUCUACUUGAGCUGGGAGAUGCAUGGCGUGCACUGACAGCAGCAACCAGGGCAACAGAAUUGGAUCCAUUAUGGCCUGAGGGUUGGGUUACACUUGGCAGAGCACAGUUAAAUUUUGGGGAGCCAGAUUCAGCUAUAUUAUCUUUUGACAAGGCGUUAGCAAUCGAGCCUGACAACAAUGAAGCAAAGUCUGAUCGUGAAACUGCAGCACGUCUUGUUAAGAAACGAGGGCAGCUACAUUCAUCAGGUCUGAGUGCCAACAAAAGACGAUUCACAGUUGGAGAGGAUAGCGAAAAGGAGAAAGACGAUUCACAGAUGGAGGAUGUAGAGAAGUGUAAAGAGGAUGAAGAAAAGGAGAGAGAUGAUUCACAACUGGAGAAUGUAGAGAAGUGAUUUAAGUCAGAUCGGGGCUCUCGGCCUAAUUUGUUAGAUCGAGGCAUUGUCUGAAGUAGAAAUUUCGUAGGAAAACUUUAAAUUCCUACAUUAAGACAGGUCUAGAUGUAUAUAUAUGUAGACGGACAGAAACAAUGAAAAUGUGCUGAUCCUCCAGUUUAAUCCAGUUCUUUGGGUUUUGGGAUAAAAAUGUCAUAUGCAUUGAGAUAUGGAUGGAGACUCGAUGUUUGCGUUUUA